UACGGAGAAACCCAUUGACGAUUCUCAGUCGUCUUUCAUUCGAUGCUUUUCAGCUGCAAACUAAUCAAGCUAUAUGGUUUAUUGAAUUGUAGAGGACAACUCCAAACUGCUAAAGACUCUCUGGAUUGUUGAUAAUUUGUGAUGUCAUCUGAUGAAAGCAAAAAUACUGAGGAUGCUGCUCAGGAGCAGCGUAGCGAGUCCACUACAGGAGGAACUGCUGAAAGAGGGACGAGGUCAAUUAUAUCUCAGAUAGAAAAAAGACAGUCAAAUCGGCAAAGGUCUGAUAAACAGAAAGACAAUGUCGGCAAUGCUUGGACUUCUGCUUUACGAGGAUGUAUUCCAAAUUAUCCGGAAAGUAUGUAUAGUACAAAUGAAAAUUUAGAAAUUAGAAGAGAAGAAUCAAGUGAUAGUCUGACAAUGGAGGAGAAAAGUGAUGAUGAUGAUAUGAAAGGAGAUAUAUAUGUUAUACCACCUUUAAAAAAGCCACAACCAAUCCCUCCAAAACCUCCUGAGAAACAAAAAUAUACUGAUAUGGCUGAGGAACCUCUGACAGCCGCCGUUCAAACAACUGCAGGUGGCAACACCAACAUACAGUCACCUGAAGGUGGCAGCACCAACAUACAGUCACCUGAAGGUGGCAGCACCAACAUUCAGUCACCUGAAGGUGGCAGCACCAACAUUCAGUCACCUGAAGGUGGUAGUGCCAGCAUACAGUCACCUGAAGGUGGCAGCACCAACAUUCAGUCACCUGAAGGUGGCAGCACCAACAUUCAGUCACCUGAAGGUGGCAGCACCAACAUUCAGUCACCUGAAGGUGGCAGCACUAACACACAGUCACCUGAAGGUGGCAGCACUAACACACAGUCACCUGAAGGUGGCAGCACCAACAUACAUCAAACUGAAGGUGGCAGCACCAACAUACAUCAAACUGAAGGUGGCAGCACCAACAUACAUCAAACUGAAGGUGGCAGCACCAACAUACAGUCACCCAAAGGUGGCAGCAUCAAUAUACAUCCUAUUGAAGGUGGCAGCACCAACACACAGUCACUUGAAGGUGGCAGCACCAACAUAAAACCACCUGAAGAUAGCAGCACCAACAUAAAACCACCUGAAGGUGGCAACACCAACAUAAAACCACCUGAAGUUGAAAGUAUUGAACUUGAUUCCAAGGGAAGACCUGAUAAGAAAACUGAGGAAAUGGAAAGAUCACAAAUGAAACCACCUGAAAUUCUUUCUGACAGGCCUAAACUGUUAAGAUUUAUUGUUGAUGGAGGAUCAGUUCCAGAACGAUCAAGAUCUGCAGACAGGAUCAUACCAAAGAAAUUUGACGAAGAUACUAAAUCUCUAGAUAUGCAGCCUUCGACUAAAGACGUUUCUUCAGGAGUUGUACUGGAGAAAAGAAAAUCUAUCCAGGAAAUGUUGCAUAUAUUUGAAAAAUCAGAGCCAAGUAAACCUGUACCCAAACAGAGGCCAGAUCCUAAUAAAGACAAAUCAAAAACACCAAGCCCUGACAAAGACUCAUUUAGGCCGUCAGGCUCUGAAAAGCAGACUCAAAUCUCUGACAAGAAAAAUACCUUUGACUGUGACAAAGAUACAUCCAGGACCCCAGGCAACACUGCUGGUGGGCAUCCAUUAAAUGAGGAAAUAGAUAAAGAUAGAGAGGAGGAGGAGGAGGAGGAUAGUUAUGAAACUGCAGAAGAAGAUCAGAAUGAAGAUAGCCAGAGAGACUCCAGAGAAGUAGAGGGAGCUACAGUCUUUCCUUCUCAAUCUGUUGUCCAGUUAACAACUUCACAAGGGACAGACAUCAGUGACAACGACGUUGCCAGCAUGCGGUCUGAUACCUCAGAGGGUCUAGGCUCAGAUAAUAUAGAAAGUGUGACAAGAAGUUAUGUUAUGGCUAAUUCAGCAGCUUCAAGUCUAAAUCAGCCUCCAUCUCAGCCUGCUCAACAACAACCUGUUAUACUUGAAGGGGACCAGUCAAUAAUACAGGAAAACACUGAACUAGACGACCAAGGAGCUACUCCUGUACCAACAGUACAGCAACAAACCGUCCCUCAACAAGCUACAUCAGUAACAGAGACGAUAUCGCAACAUAUGGAACAGCAAGGUAGACAUGGACCCACACCACCAACUGAAAGUCAUCAUAUCCACCAAGAAAACCCCCCUGAAGUUCUAGUUAUGUAUGGAGGACAAUACCAAAGUCAAGGAGAAAAGGAAUUUCAUCAACAGGCAGUACAUGAAGAACAAUAUCAAGAUCAACAUUUUCAGUCACCAUAUUCUCAAGGUUACCCAACUCAGCCACCUCACUCUCAAGGUCAACCAACUGAGCCACUUCACUUUCAAGGUCACCCAUCUCAGCCCCCUCACUCUCAAGGUCAACCAACUCAGAUACUACAGAGUGAAGGUUACCCAACUUGGACACAUCACUCUCAAGGACAUCCAAAUCAGCCACCUCAGCAACUAAUACAGCCACCUCAUUUUCAAGGUCAGCCAACACAGCCACCACACUCUCAAGAUCAAACUUUUCAGCCACCACACUCUCAAGGUCAAACUUUUCAGCCACCACACUCUCAAGAUCAAACUUUUCAACCACCACACUCUCAAGAUCAAACUUUUCAACCACCAUAUUCUCAAGGUCAACAUCAAUAUUUUUAUCAACAUCAGCAUCUGCAGCAUUACUCUGGAAUGUUGGAUGGAAACUUUGGAAAGAUAUCCCCACAACAACACCAUAUGUAUGAUCCCCAGCACUAUCACAUGUAUGGCCCACCUGGAGUUGACAAACCACACACAAUGGAAGAAGAUCAUUUGCAUCAGGAACAUGAAAGAGGGACACAAAAUCCUCAGGUACACCAACAGAACCCUUCUGCUAAAAAGUUACAGGUGAAACAAGAGAAAAAACCAGAGGAGAAACCAAAGGGUAAACCAAAGGAGAAACCAGAGGGGCAACCGAAGGGACAACCAAAGGGGCAACCAAAGGGGAAACUAAAGGAUAAACCAGAGGGGCAACCAAAGGGGAAACUAAAGGAUAAACCAGAGGGGCAACCAAAGGGGAAACCAGAAGAGAAACCAAAGGAGAAACCAAAGGAGAAACCAAAGGAGAAACCGGAGGGGAAAUCGAAAGGGAAACCAAACAUAGAUGAAAAAAGGAAAAAAGAUGUGGCUAAAUCCAAGAAGCCAGAAAAAUCCUAUGUGUGUGUGAAAGGACUGGCUGCCAAAACAGGGUUAGAUACACUGUGGCUGUUUCUAGAGAACAAAUCAGGCGGUGAUGUUGACAAGUCAUCCAUCUUCUUCACCAGUGACAAGAAUAUGGCAGUUGCUACUCUCCUUCAUACUCCAGCUAACUUUGAAGAAUUCAAGAAAAAAUGCCACCAGAAAAAUUUAGAAGGCGCCAGUGUCGAAGUCUGUUUGGUACCAGCUCCAGUCACUGUGAUUGUGAGCUCAGAACAACAUCUACCUUCCGAUAGGGAACUGAAGGCACAUUUCGAACAGGACAAGUUUGGAGGGGUCAAAGUAAAAAAUAUCAAGAUGACUGAAGAUGGCUGCUACAGAGUGGACUUUAAGGACAAUACUGCUUUGGAGAAAGUUUGUCACAGCCCCUACCCACACAGGAUACAAGGGACAAGUCUGUGUGUGACCGCACUCUAUGAGUGUGAAUUCGGGGAGAUCUGGGAAAUUGACAAACACAAAGUAUGCAUCCCUGAGGACACUGAACUGACACAUGAUGACAACCAUAAACUGGUACUGGUAAAGAAAUAUCAACAUGUUACGGAUUUAUUGAAAUCAAAACUGAAGCCGAAGCAUGCAAAGCUCAAGGUCACAGAUCAACUUUGUGUGGAGUGUACAAUGGACCAAAUGACCGUAGAUGUUCGCCGUCUCGUAAAAGUUUGGGAACCAGACAUCAAGGAAAUCUGGAAGGAAUUUAUUGAUGAGACUGUACAGCAAAGAGAAAUUCUGGUCAAAUCAGAAGUUUGGAAGCUUCUUAUUGAUCAUAUCAGAGAGCACCAAGAGCACACAACUGUUCAUGUGGACUACAAGGAGUACCAGGGAGAUGUGAGGCUGGUCGUUGUCGGGGUCGAAUCAAUGUUUAGCACUGUCACCGAAAACAUACAUCACCACAAAGAAUCCAUUGAAAAUGCUAUAGAAAGAAAAAAACAAAUCACUACAAUCACAAAGAGCUUCAAACCCUUAGAAAUCCGACUUCUAGGCCGAUUAGAAAUCUUAACACAAGUGAACCGUCUGGAUGAUGAUUUAAAUGUGACAGGAAAUGAAGAGUUUGGUACUAUAACUUUUAACGGUGUUAUGGAAGAUAUUGACACAGCUCAAACCGUCAUAGCUGAGACGGCACAGCAGUUUCAUAUAUGGACAAUUCAGGAAGACAAUGAAAUGAACAAGGACCAAGUGAGACUCCUACAGAACCCUGAAGUUCUUGAAAUGUUAAAAGUGAAGUUUUCAGAACACAAACUGGUUGUAGAAUUUGACUUGAAAGGUGAUACACUAAAGGUCGGCACAGUGUCACCAAUUGCAGGCAAAAACGUGACCAAGAUUAUACAGGAAACUGUCCUUAUUUCUGAUGUGCCAUUGACAGAAAGAGAAAAGAUUGAAGUUCUGAACACUGAUGCCUGGAGGCACCUGUGUCGUCAAACAGAAAGACAAAACAAUGGUCAAGUUAUCAUUUCCACAAAGACGGAUUAUGGAUUCUCUGUGGCCUCUAUAGAUGUUGUUCAUCAGGACACCCUGAGAGAACUGUUGGACUUCACAGACGAUCACGCCACGUACAAUGAUACAUAUGACAUGAAGGAUGAGAAUAAAAGGAAAUUUUUUAAAAAACAUUACUCACAGGAAAUCAAAGAAAUGGAAUUUGAACUGUCAUCCAUGUGUGUAUCCAUAAAAAUUCUGGACAAAAGACUGGCUCUGACUGGCACCAGGAUGGGCAUCAAACAAGCCAAGGACAGACUCAUAGAAUUCGAGAAAAGAAUCGAAACAAAACAACACAACAUACAGAAGUAUGGUAUCAGCACUGUUAUUUCCUCCGACAAUCCGGAUAUGUUCUCUGGAAUCGAGAAUGCUACUUCAACUAUUGUAAUACAGAAGGAUACCAUGACCCAAAUCUACUCAAGGUCACAGGGGUCAAGUGAUGAGGAUGAGGAUGAAGAGGACUUCUAUGGAACCGAGGAAAGUCACACAUGGGGCCGAACAGGCCGCAAGGGUCAUACAGGGAUGUUGGGUACACUCCCAGAAGUCACAGCACCAAAACCUCCUGUUACCAAGGCAACAAGUGAGCAACCGGUAGUAACAUGUAAAAAUGGCCUGAAAAUCAAACUCAUCAGAGGAGAGAUAGGGAAAGAGAAGGCUGAUGUCCUGAUCAUAUCCACUAGUCAGGACCUCAAACUGGAAAAGGGAGGAGCAGGGAAGAGUCUGGUAAAGUAUGGAGGGCCAGGAUUACAGGCCGAACUUCAGGCUAACUAUUCGGCCAAGAUCAACCAUGGAGAAGUAAUCGCAAUCGGUCCUGGAAAACUCAAGUGUAAGCAGGUCUUUCUGUCUAAUCUGCCUGAUUGGGAAAAAGACAAGAAUAACAAACCAUUGGUAAUCACCAAGGUCGUCCUGGAGUGUUUGAACAAGGCCUCUAGAGCAAAUUACAGUUCAGUCAAGAUUGUGGCCCUGGGAACGGGUGCCCUAAAGUAUCCUCCACAGACUGUUGCCGAGGUUAUGUAUGAUGCUGUCCGUGAGUUUGAUGCCAAGGGAACCAGUUCAGUCUUACUGGUGACGUUUGUACUCUACAGUGGUGACCAUCGAACCAUCAGUGCUUUUGAGGAUGAGGAAUACAAACAGAUUCAUCCUGGGAGACAAACAGGGCCGAGUGUACCAUUGGACACAAAACAUGGGAUCAAAAUCACACUGGUCAAGGGACUAAUGGACAAACAAACAGUGGACGUGAUGGCUUGUGCCACAUCAAAGAACCUCGACAUGGGCGGGGGGGUGGCAACAGCGAUUGCCAAGGCUGCGGGACCAGACAUCAUACAGGCUGACUGUAAAGCUAAGUAUCCGUCAGGAAUAGAGUUUGGAGGUCUGGCUGUCAUCACCAACGGCAACCUGAAGACAUGUAAAUCCAUCUAUCUGAUUUCCUUACCAGGCUGGAAGAAUCAGGAUGGCACUAAGCGCAAUGAUGCAGAUAAAUUGCUCAACACAGCAGUUACAGCUUGCCUACAGAAGGCGGCCCAGUCAGGGAUGAAAUCCGUGGCCUUCCCUGCCUUUGGUACAGGACAGGUGGCGUACCCCAACGACACAGUCGCCAAACUCAUGUACAGCUGUGUGAUAGACUUCGCUACAAAGAACACAGGCACAUCCCUAACUGAUGUCAGAUUUGUGCUUCAUCAGAAGGACUGGAAAACAAUCAUGGCUUUUGAGAAUGAAAUGCACACAAGGCAGCCAUCAAAGCCUUACAGCAGUGUUCCUCACAAAUCUUUCUUUACAAAAGCAAACAGACUCCAGGUAUCAAUAGAAACAUGCAGUAUUGCUGAAUUCAAGAAGGCUGAUGUGAUAGCAGCCACUGUAGCAGAAAACCUUGACAUUUCAAAGGGCAGUGCCAUGGCUGCUCUAAACAGUAAAUGUGGUCCAACUUUGAAAGCUGAUUGUGAUACAAAAUACCCAAAUGGGAUCAAGAUUGGUGACCUGGCUGAGAUUUCCGCGGGAAAUUUGAGCUGUAAGGCUUUGUAUCUAGGAACACUUCCCUCCUAUAACACCGGAGCCAACGUAGCAGAAAAGGCCUUGGAUAGAUAUGUUCGGAAAGUCUUGGAGACAGCAGCAUCAAAGGGUUACACCUCUGUAGCAUUUCCUGCUGUAGGAACAGGAUUUAACAGAUACCCUCAUAAUCGUGCCGCUACGCUGUGCUACGAGGCUGUUCAGCAUUUUGAUAAGAAACCAAGCUCCAUCAAAGUUGUUUACUUUGUCAUCCUGCAGAGAGAUGUCUCCUCGUUACAGGCCUUUCAAAGGGAGGAAAAAAAGAGAAAUAGUUUCCCCUAUGGUGCCUCACAAAAUCCAGGGGGUGCAACAGGGGGUGCAACAGGGGGUACUCGUGGGUUUACCAGGCAGGGAAAAUUUACCAGGGUCUUCUCUAAAAGGAACGAAGAAGAUGAAGUCCCACUGAAGAGACAAACAACUAGAUCUGGAGGUAGGACACGCCGGACACGAUAUGGUGCACAAGGUCAAGGUCAUCCAGCUACACUUCCUGCAGGCUCUCAUAUAGGCCUUAUGUCCAUGCAAGGUGGCAAUCCUAAUCAGUUUUUGUAUGGGAAGGUCACCCUCAAGGUCAAUGUGGAGAAUAUUGUAAAGAUGAAGGAGCCAAUUGAUGUCAUCGUCAACAGCACAAACAAGGAUCUGGAUUUCACCCAAGGUGCAGUGUCUAAAGAAAUAAUGAAGGAAUGUAAUGCUAAGCAACUUACUGAUGAAUGUGACAAACUGAAACAAGAGAUGAAAAGUAACGGCAUGGUAUGUACCAGUGGAUGUGGGCUGUCCUGUAAAGCUAUUCUCCAUCUUGUUGCACAGACCUCUCUCAAAAACUGGGGGAAGAUGAUACUGGUCUGCUUACAGGAGGUAGACAAACGUGGACACACUUCUGUCGCCUUCCCAGCCCUGGGCACAGCUGGAGGAAGUGUUCAGUUUAAACCAGAAGAGAUUGCGGAGACACUUCACGAGGCAUUGCUUCACUUUUCUGGUUCUAACCUCACCCUGGUACGACUCGUGAUCUUCGACCCAAAUAUGCUCUGGAAAAUGACAAAGGUGUUCCGAGACAACAUCGAGAAACCAAGUACAUCAGGGCCCUCGUCCGAAGCUGAUUUGUCACAAGUGUCUCUAUGGAUACUCGGCACCAGUGAUGACAACAUUCAGGAUGCUAUAGACAGGAUUGAAAAAUUAAUUGACAAAAAGUAUCUGUCCAAAUCUAUUGAUGACACAUUGAUAGCAGUUCUGAGUGACAAUGAGAUGAAAGAAAUUAAGAAGAUAGAUGAGAGAUUUCUGGUAACUAUGAAGGUACACAAACAGUCAAGUGUGAUAGAACUGGAGGGCCCACAGAAAGAAGCAGACGGUGCCUUGCAGGAAGUCUACAGCCUCCUACGCGCCUUUCAGAAGGAGAGAUUCUUGGAUGGAGAGGCAGCCUUUGUUGAAUCAGUAGUGCAAUGGUUUUAUAAGGAAACAGACUCUCAGGGAAUGCCAACGUUAUCUAAAUACCCUCCGCGGGUUAACAUGGGAUUGGAGAACUCACGGAAAGGCAACCACUCUAAGUUCCGAUUCCGGGCAAAUAAUGAAGACUAUGAGGUUGACGUGUUAAAUAUGAAGGAAUAUUCAUUGAAAGAUCCAAAUGAUUCUGUUGAUGUGAUACGCAGAGAAAUACAAAAUGACAGUGCAAUUGAGCUACCAGCUGAAUGGGAAGAAAUGGCAGACCCAAAUGUAAAUGUCGAGGUCUUCCCUCUAGUUGCUUCUUCACAAAAAUACCAGGAUCUAGAGAUGAUGUUCAGAAAUUCCGUUCUGAAAGGACAAUAUGCCAGCCAGUUUAAUGCUUCAAAGCUGAAAGUGCACAAGAUUGAAAGGAUCCAGAAUCGAAUACUGUUCCAACAGUACUCCAUCAAGCAGCAGUUAUUGGAAGCGAAAAAUCCGCAGGGUACCACUAAUGAACAGAUGCUGUGGCAUGGGACUGGUGAUGCUGCGAUCACCAGCAUCAACUACUAUGGUUUCAACCGCAGUUACUGUGGUGGUGACCCAAGCAAGGGUCAGUGUUGGUAUGGAGCAGGAGUUUACUUUGCCAACGAUGCCUCUUAUUCAGCACGUGAUUGGGUGUCUGUGCCGUCCAAUCAAAAGAAGAAGAUGUACCUGUGCAGAGUUCUAACAGGAGUCACUUGUGAAGCAAAGAAAGACAUGAAAUAUCUGCCUCCAUUACCGGGCAACCCUGCAGAAAAUUACGAUUGUGCUGUACAACCCAUCAAAAACCCGUUAGAGUUUGUUAUAUUUAAUGACACGCAGGCUUAUCCGGAAUUUCUUAUCACCUUUUCUACAACUUAGGCUGGAUUUAGUUACAUGUAGUGAAUUGGUGAUUUGAAAAUUUGAUUCAGUUUUUCUGAACUGUUGGUGCAAUUAAAAACACUUGUUGAGUGCUGUGAUCAAAUUAUAUAUGUGUCUAUGCUCUGGAUGAAUAAUAAUCCUGGUUUCAUAUAAAUCUAGACCAAGAACUUAUUGGAAUAAUUUCAGCUGAAUACUUCCUUCAUCAGCCUGGUGAACUUCUUACUGCAAAAUAGCUGGGAACUGUUGCUAUGUUAACAUUUGACUAGUUUAAAAAAGCACAGCCAUUUUGUCUCCCAUAUUUACAUGUCUGUCAUAUGGGGGUCACAUGUGCUGAACAAGGUUCUUGUAUUCCUGUGAAAAAGUAAAUGUGUCGGUCAAGACAAUGAUAUUUUUGAAUUGAAAUUAAACUUAGUUACUUAGUUACAACAUUCAAAUCCAAAUUAAGAAAACUUGGUUGAACUUUUUCUGAAUCUGUCUCUAUCUGUCUCUGGCAAAUCUUUCUGGAUGAUUCCAAUCAAUAAUGUACAAAAUGCAAAUUAUUUUCUAACAUGGCAAUCAGUUGAUGGAUUCAUUUCAGCAAGUUGAAAUGUAUUGUAUAUAUAUACCAUAUUUAUCUUGCAAUAAGCCCAAGCUACAAAGAGGAAUGCUGACAGACUUAGACCCCUCAUCCUACGAACCUAUCAACUAACUAAUGCAAGGCAAGUCAGAAGUGGGGGAUAGGCUUAUUACUGGGCAUGGGCUUAUUACUGGACAUGGGCUUAUUACUGGACAUGGGCUUAUUGCUGGACAUGGUCUUAUUACUGGA